AUGGAUUUUCAUUCAUUAGUGGGUCACGCUUCGAAUAUGAUGCUGGGCAAACGAAAUGAUGAUAGUAUGUCCGAUCGGCUUAACUAUCGAUAUACUGUUGGAAUUUUGGUUGUUUUUGCAAUAAUAAAUAUGAAUCGUCUUUAUACCGAUCAGAUCAAAUGUUGGGUACCAGCAUUCUUUACACCAAACUAUGAUGAAUAUGUUCGAUCAGUAUGUUUUGUUCAAAAUACUUACUAUGUUAAACAUACAGAUAAAACACCAAAAUCAUUCUCUAUUAAAAAAGAAAGUGAAAUAUUAUAUUAUCAAUGGAUUCCAUUUAUUUUAUUAGUUAAAGCAUUUCUAUUCUAUAUACCACGUAUAUCAUGGAAUACAUUUGGAUUAAAGAGUGGUGUACAAGUAUCUGAUCUUGUUGAAUCAUCUUUUGAUUAUAAACUACCAACAACAGAUGCAGUACAUCGUCAAAUGUGUUUAGAUUAUGUUGUUGAUAGUAUUGAUCAAUACUGUAAUGAUCAUCGACGACAAAAUGAAGCACGUAGUCACUUAAAUAUAAUUCAACGAACUUUAAUAACUGGAUGGUGCUUAACUGGCAAAUAUCUUGGGAAUUAUCUUGUUGUUUUAUAUUUGACAACAAAAUUAAUGUAUAUAGGUGUAUCAUUAUUUCAAAUACUUCUUUUAAGUGUAAUGUUAGGUUCAAAUUUUGCUUUUUAUGGUAUACAAGUACUUGAUCGUUUUUUUCGAGGGAUUCAUUGGGAUACAGAAUCACGUUUAUUUCCAAAAACAACUUUAUGUGAUUUUACUAUUCGUGAAUUUGGUCAUCCAAAGCGUUCUCAUGACUAUACUGUUCCAUGCGUUUUACCGCACAAUUUAUUUAACCAACAAAUGUUUACUUUUCUUUACUUUUGGUAUGCAAUUGUUAUCUCACUUAAUAUUGGCGAUUUUUUCCUAUGGGUGUAUGCCAUUACUCCACAAUAUCGUCUUAAUUUCGUUCAAAAACGUCUUCAUUCAAAAAAGUAUCCAUUAGCAAAAGAAAUCAAUGAUCAAUCAAAAAUUAUUACAUUCACUAAUGAUUAUCUUGAAGCUGAUGGUUUUUUUAUUCUGUCACUAAUUAAAGAAAAUAGUUCAGAUUAUGUUGCAGCUGAAAUCGUUCAUCGCUUGUACACAGAAAAAUUUCUCAAAAGAUGUCUCAAUCAAACAACAGCAACAAGUAUUUAUAAUGAUAGCCAAAGUAAAACAGACAAUGAUUCUAAACGACAUCAUCUUUGUUCAUUGAUAUGUUAA